UUUAACAUCCAGUCUUUGAUUAAGCGGCAUUAAGUGACUAUUUUAAUUAUUUCUAAUCGGCAAGUUUAAUGCUUGUUUUUGACUGGUGUUAGCAGUGCAAAAUGAUGCUAGCUCGCCGCCCUUUGGUUUGCCGGCGAUGGGACGGAAUCUUGUGCAUUGGGAGAACGGCGAGGUGGUGCCGAUAAACCAGUCGGUGACGGUGGCUACCGACGGGAGUGGGAAUUUCUCAGCGAUCGCAGACGCCGUCGCCUUCGCUCCGAAUGAUACGUCGAUAGAGGAUGGGUAUUUCGCGAUCCGUAUCGGCGAAGGAGUGUUCGAGGAGAACGUGGUCGUGGGAAAGAGAAAGAAGAACCUGAUACUGAUCGGCGCCGGGAACAAUCGGACGGUGGUCACGGGGAACCGGAGCGUCGCCGACGGGUGGACGACCUUCAAAUCGGCAACUUUUGCCGUGCAUGGCGAUCGAUUCAUAGCCAUCAACAUCACCUUCGAGAACACAGCCGGGCCGGAGAAGCACCAGGCGGUGGCCGUCCGGAACAGCGCCGACCUCUCGAGCUUCUACCGCUGCAGCUUGGGCUACCAGGACACCCUCUACGCUCACUCCCUCCGCCAGUUCUACCGCGACUGCGACGUCUACGGCACCGUCGACUUCAUCUUCGGCAACGCCGCCUCCGUCUUCCAGAACUGCAACAUCUACGCUCGCAAGCCCCUCCCUGACCAGGCCAACGCCAUAACCGCGCAGGGCCGCACCUGCCCAAACCAAACCACCGGCAUCUCCAUCCACAACUGCACCAUCCGAGCUGCGCCGGACCUCGAAGCUGACCUCAACUCCACCAAGAUAUUCCUCGGCCGGCCGUGGAAGGAGUACUCGCGGACGGUCUACAUGCAGUCCUCCAUCGAUCGGGCGAUCGAUCCUCUUGGAUGGAUGGAGUGGAACGGGACCUUCGCGCUGAGCACGUUGUACUACGGGGAGUUUGAGAAUUACGGGCCGGGGGCGAACACUAGUGGCAGGGUGCAGUGGCCGGGUUAUCACCUCAUGAAUGCUUCGGAAGCUCUGAAUUUUACCGUUUAUAACUUUACCAUGGGAGAUGCUUGGUUGUCUGCCACUGCCAUUCCUUACUCUGGAGGGCUGCUGUAGCUCUGGAGUCGUUUAGUUGAGCAAUUAGUAUUGAUUUUUGUUCGGGUUUAUAGGGGA